AUGGCAGUCGAAACGACAUGUGACUUUGACCAGGUAAACGAUGUGCUCAACCUAACGGAUGAAGCCGACGCGUUGAAAUAUGAAUACACAGCUGCCCACAUUCCUCUUCUGACUAUCGUGGGGCCUUGUCUACUUGUGCUCGGCCUGCUUUCGAACGGCACUUUCUUGUAUGUCGUUUUCCGCGUUCGAUGGAUGCGUACCAUCGUCAAUUUAUACCUGGUCAACUUGGCCGUGGCCGACAUACUCUACCUGUCUGUCAGUUCCCUGGACAAACUCGGCCGAUUCAUGGUGUCUCGCGUCUUGAACGACCAGUCCACACUCGGCCAAGCUGGCUGUGUUCUCGUGUACCUCACCACUGACACUGCCAGUCUGGCGUCCCUCUCCAUAGUCACAUUGAUCACUGUAGAGAGGUACCAGGCCAUCUGCCGGCCCGUGCACCACCGUUUACUCCGCAGCUGGCGCCGUGCGGCCGCACACCUUGCGUCUGGAUGGUGCUUAUCACUACUGUACGCUACAUUCCUUAUUCCGUCAACAUACACUUUCACAACAUACUGUGUUAUAUGGCCAGACGAUAGUCGCUACUCAACCUAUCCCAGUAGAGUGGGAUAUUGCAACGCACAUAACGAAACUGCCCAGAACGCCCUAAAUGGGGCACAAACACUACCCUUCUUCAUAGCCUUCGUCAUCAACACAGUGCUCUACGUAAAAAUCCUGAAGCAGCUGAAACGUACGAGUCCUUGCAGCGACGAACCAAGCCUGUCCCAGGCCGUUUCGCUCCAUCGAUCCCGGGUCCGACAUCAAGUAUCUCGGAUGCUGCUGUUGAACGGUGUCGUGUCUUUCCUCUGUCUCUCACCGUGGGAGUUCACUUCCUUCUCAGUGAUGCUGACGGGGUUUAUCAAGCCAGAAUCGCAACUCCUCAGUGAAGAGCAGCUUUUUAUCUUGGCCCAGGUAGUACGGUCGCUGCUGUACCUCAACUCUUGCAUCAAUCCGCUGGUUUACAACGCUACGAAUUCCCGCUACAGGAAGGCUUUUCGUGUUGCUCUCUGCCCGUGCUCUCGACAGAGAAUUAAACCUGUCAAUCCUCAAGUGCUACCGUCAAAUAAGAUUUCGUAA